CUCUUUGCACAACCUCACCAGGCACAUUGUGUAUCGGGGCCUGUCAUCUGCGGAAGAAAUUCUCUCUCUUUUCCCAGAGAAUUUCCACCAAAGUCUAAAAAACCUCCUGACCAAGAUAAUUUUGGAAAAUGUCUCCGUCUGGAGGAGUGAAGCACAAUCAAGUCAGAUCUCCCUGCCUCGGCUGGUUGAUAUGGACUGGAGAGUGGACAUCAAGACAUCCUCGGACAGCAUCGGCAGAAUGGCAGUCCCCACCUGCCUGCUACAGUUGAAGAUUCAGGAAGAUGCUGCAUUGUGUGGGGAUAACCCUGUGAUCUCUGCAGUGACUGUGGAGCUGAAUAAAGAAACCCUAGACACUAUGUUAGAUGGUCUGGGAAGGAUCCGAGACCAACUCUCUGCAGUAGCAAACAAAUGAAUGCCUGGAAUGUGAAUUUCACCUGCCAUUUGUACCUGGAAAGGAACUCUCCUGUAUUACAAAUAGAGCUCUGAUAUCUUA